AUGGGUACCGCUCUCUGGAUGUAUAGAUGGGGCGUACUGAAGCCGAUGGCCAGGAGAGGAGAUUCUGUAGAGUGGAAUCCGGUUUCACCUGCGAAUGGACAACGUGCGCGGUGGCGUGUGGCUCUGGCUGGGCAGGUUUGGCUCGGCGCCGUGGGACGCGGAUCGACGGCUGGGAGCAGCGGGCGGCUGGCACAUGUUGGGCGCGGGGACUUGCAGGGCGAGGCAGGCAUGGCGUCUCCCGAGCGUGAGGUGUGCUGCGGGUGGAGGGCCCUGCUAGUUCUCUGCUCUGCUGCUUCGCCUCGGCUGCGAUUAUAUAUCGUCCGGACAGACGCGACGCUUUGUGAAGAGACGCCGGUUCCAGAACGACCGGGAGAGGCGUCGGUUGAGGACAGAGCCGUCCGACGGUUGGGAAAAGUAGAUUUCCUAAUUACAUUGGUGUAAUAAAUCUUAACAUUCUCCAUAAUCUACGCUUGAUCAUGUA